AUGGAGAAUUACCAGAAGCUCGAGAAAAUCGGAGAAGGAACAUACGGCGUCGUUUAUAAGGCCCGAGAGGUGAACUACCCUAAUCGUAUUGUCGCUCUUAAAAAAAUCCGCCUCGAGGCCGAGGAUGAGGGUGUUCCCAGCACAGCUAUCCGAGAGAUUUCACUUCUCAAGGAAACGAAAAACCAGAACAUUGUCCAGUUGCUCAAUAUCAUACAUGCCGAUGGCCACAAGCUUUAUCUCGUCAUGGAAUUCCUAGACCUCGACCUGAAGAGAUAUAUGGAGGCCCUACCCGUCAACGAUGGUGGCCGCGGCAAACCUUUCCCGGACGGAUCAAUGAUGACCGCCGACCUGGGUCUGGGGGAGGCGAUGGUGAAAAGAUUCAUGGCACAAUUGGUAGAGGGUGUCCGUUAUUGCCACAGCCACCGUAUUUUGCACCGUGAUUUGAAGCCACAGAACUUGCUCAUCGAUCGUGAGGGCAACCUGAAAUUGGGUGAUUUCGGACUGGCGCGAGCUUUUGGUGUUCCGUUACGGACGUAUACCCACGAGGUGGUUACCCUGUGGUAUCGCUCUCCGGAAAUUCUGCUUGGCGGACGCCAGUAUUCCACUGGAGUCGAUAUGUGGUCUGUAGGAGCAAUUUUCGCUGAGAUGUGCACGCGCAAGCCACUGUUCCCUGGUGAUUCGGAAAUUGACGAGAUCUUCAAGAUCUUCCGACUUCUUGGUACUCCCGACGAAGAAUCCUGGCCUGGCGUCACCACGUUACCUGACUACAAGUCUACUUUUCCUAAGUGGAAACGCCCUGAUGGCCCUCUGGUGCCGGGACUGGAGAGAGCUGGCUGCGAGCUCCUGGAGGCUCUUCUUGAGUACGAUCCCGCCCACAGGAUUUCCGCAAAGCAAGCGUGCCAACACGGUUACUUCGGGAAGGGCAGCUCAUACUAUUCGGACCGCGCCCAGCGCAGCGGUCAUACGUCAGCUAGUAAAGCGUAA